UACUACUACCUCACUGCCGUAAGAUCAAGAUGAAGAUCCCAUGGCCUAACCACUAACCACACUAACCAGUCCCUUAAAACACUGAAGAAGAAGAGGACCUCCACAGGUAACCCAGCCACCACCACCGCAACCAUGAACACCUCAGCCAGCAGGUAACCCCCCCCCUUCAAUGGCUCCCUCCAGGUCAUAGCUCCUCACAGUAUUGGAGAGAAGCCUGAAGUGAGAGUUUGAAGUCAGCAGGCCCUCAGACAACCCGGUGAGAUGGCAUCCGCAGCCCAGCAGAACGGUGAGGGCCGAGCCAUGGUAGUCAACGGAAACCUAGACGAUGCGGUGAAUGGAACGGCGUCGACCUCCUUGGACUGGGAGGAGUUCGAGGUGAACAUCGGAUGGGGGACAAUGCGAGGGAAGAUCAGAGGAAAGGGCCCAAGACUGAUGUUGGGAGUACACGGGUGGCUGGACAACGCCAAUACCUUCGACCUCCUCGCGCCGCACCUACCGAAGGACGUCAGGUUCCUGUCGCUGGACCUCCCGGGACACGGCCGCUCGGACCACUUUCCUCCGGGCUUCAUCUACGACCCGCGAGGCUACAUGGGGGCCAUCAGGAAGACCGUCAUGGCCAUCGGCUGGAAGCGCUUCAUAUAUCUGGGCCACAGUAUGGGCGCCGUGGUGGGCAUUAUGUACGCCGCCACCUUCCCCGAGGACGUAGCCGCCUUCAUCUCCAUUGACAUAAUAAAAGUUUGGUCCCUCACGCCGGAGAAGCAGCCGGCAGCGAUGAAGAAGUACUUCCUCCAGUUAUUUGACAACGAGGACAAGGCAUCUCAACCUGCGCUGGUGUACAAGGAGGAGGAGCUCGUGAGAAGGACAAUGGACGGGAGUCGAUCUCUGGACGAGCGCGGCGCGAGGAUCCUUCUGCAGCGGGGCGCCAGGAGGGUUGAGGGCGGCACGGGACUGGUGCUGACGCGGGACCUGCGGGUGAAAGCUUACUUCAUCGGCUUCAUCACCUUGGACGAGUGGGUAGAGAUGGCCAGGGCGAUCACCUCUCCCACCCUCAUCUGCAAGGCGAGUGAAGGUCACGAGUACGAGAAGAAGGAUCCCGAGGGGCUUAAGGCCAUGCUGGAGGGCUUCAAGCAGGGGUGCCAGCACUUCCGAUACUACGAUAUACAAGGGAAACACCACAUCCACCUGACAGCAGUUGACGCCGUGGCCAAUCCCAUCACGCGCUUCCUCGACAGUAUAAAGGAAUUAGGGCACAAUUUAGGGUAGAAGACAGAUAAGCCGAUAUUAGGUCACCCACGCGUCUCAGACCAGUAUUAUGUAGAUUAUCGCGAUUGUAACCGGUGAAAGUCUCGUCUUUUUACCCGGAUGAACAGGUUUUAGUUUAAAGUUAAGUAUGAAAAAGUAAUCUCAGGUGAAUUAAGCAUUUGUGAUAAUUUGACGCUAUUUAUGUUGCUAAAAGGCACUCUGAACGUUUUAUUAUUCGAGUGGGGUAGACAUAGGAGAACAGAUGCAAAUAGUUCCAAACCUGGCAACUGUUCUUUAAUUAUGAUCCCGAGCGACUUUCAUAGCCUAUUCUCAGUUUCAACUCACAAGUUUUCACCAAGCGCGUCUCGGCACACCCCAAAAUUAUCGGCUACCUUAUGAACGAUAAAAUAGAGACCGAACGAAAAGUAGAGAGAAUGGACGCGCCUGACUGUAAGUAGAGCAUAUAUUCGACCGUUUUCAUAAUUAUGUAUACUAAAACAUACUUCAUAUUGUGGGAUGGGCUUAUUUACCAUACCCUUGCAGUGUUAUACUCGGACUAUGAUUUUUUUUCUCUAGGUACCUCGCACUGAUAUUUUAAGUUGCACAUUAAUAGGCUUAGCCGUCCUGCUCGUGUAUGUAGUUCCCUUCCUCUUCGAUCCUUUUUAUCUCUUUGUCUUUGUUCUCAUUAAUUUCUUUCGCCCUUUUUGCGUCUGUUCUUCCUCCACGUAGUAGUAUCGUCGGUAUUCUCAAACGUGCCGGUGUUGUGUACGUAUAGCUGUCCCCUUGUACGUAGUUGUCCCCGCGAGAACUGCGCGUGCUCAGAAGCGAAUGUUUGCAAACAUCGACUUGUUGAUAAACAAAGCUGUGCGCAGGCGUCCCCCGAUAACACUGCUUCAGAUUUACAGGAAGGACUGGCUAAAUUUAGGGAUGAAAUAGGGCAUUUACAGUAUUCUUUGUUGGAUGGACAAUAUCCUCCAAACCUUACAAGCAACCAAAGGAGAACUCAAGAUAGUUUUGUUUUGAAAUUAGCAUACAGGCUAUUUAAUGGCUAUGUAAUAGCUAUUACAAAAUAGCGCUGUUUUGGAUUCAUGAAUGUUUUUCCUAUGAAAGAAUAAAACUACUCCCUCCCGUGCUGGUGGGACAUCCAUAUACACGACCGGAUCGGAUUCGUGUAUGCAGCGGUCCGCUUUUUGUUUGUAAACAAAGCGGGGACAGCCACGUACACAACACCGGGUUCCCAUUACGACUAUUUCCCAAGGCCACAGAGAAGAUUAACCGGAUCUUCAUGGGUGUGUGUCCCGUUCAAGGUGCAGAAGCCGGGUCAAACUAUCACCGGGAUCACAAAACGGUCCAUGAAAACCCUAGGAACUUCUACGAGAGGCUUUUCAAACAGGCGCACUGAGGCGCCGAGACGUUUAGGAAUACGGGCUUACAGCCAAAGAGCUUUACUAAUUUGUUCUCGUGGAGCAAUAGUAUCUCAGUGGAAGGGACGCGGGCCAGGCAGCGGAGUACUUACCUGUGAUAGUGUUGCGCAUAUGCUGGGUGCUGCCUUAAUUAACCUUGAGCUCCUGGCGUUAGUGAUCACAAAUAGAGUUAAUAUAUGCAAAGUUAAAGUGUGUGUGUGUGUGUGUGUGUGUGGAGGGAGGGGGGGGGGUGGGGGAGAUACGCUAAAGCUGCACCUGGCCACAGUGUUCAUCUCCGUCACAUUGAAGGGCACAAAUAGAAAUAUAAAAACUUCUAUCAGCAUCUCCUCUCCCCCCAUCUCCUUGUGCUUCAUCUCUCUGGCUUAACCUUUCCCCUACUACCCACUUUCCUCCCUACCUACCCCUUCCCCCUUCCUCCCUCCCUCACCCUUUCUCUCCCCUCACCUUCUCCCCCUUAACCCUACUUUCCCCUUCCUCUCUCCCUCACCCUCACUUUCCCCUUCCUUAUCUCUCCCCUCACCUUCUCCCCCUUAACCCUACUUUCCCCUUCCCCCUUCCUCUCUCCCUCAUCCUUACUUUCCCCUUCCUUAUCUCUCCCCUCAACUUCCCCAUAAUCCUACUAUCCCCUUCCUUUCUUCCCCUUUUUUAACUCCAACCCUACCUUCCCCUCCCCUCUUUCCCUACCCCUUUAACUCUCCAAUCUUACCUUUUCCCUCUUCCAUCUCCCCCUUUAUCUCCCCACCCCUGGCUUUCCUUCCUUCAUCUCCCCUUCCCUGAGUCUUUUUCUGGCAUUCAUUCCUUGCUUCGUGUUCCCCCCCCCCCCCCCCCCUCUCUCUCUCUCUCUCUCUCUCUCUCUCUCUCUCUCUCUCUCUCUCUCUCUCUCUCUCUCUCUCUCUCUCUCUGUUUACUGAUUAAUUCACAAUAAGUAAAAUAAGUGCCUCGACCCUUCGGAAGAGAAAUGAGAUACACUUUAUUUUUGUUUAUGUUGUGUGUGAUGUUUGAAUUGAAUUGAACUGAAAUAUUUAUUGUUGUAAAAGUGAUGUUUGGAGGGACGCGGGAUGUGUGAGGAGCAAGCCACAGCUCUUAAUUAAGGACACAAACACUAUGAUUAUGUAGAUUGUAUUCCUUAUUUAUUUUAUUGUAUUGAUGUCGCAGCUGAAUAAAAUAAUUUCUAUAUGA